UACAAUAGUCUAAAACCCUAUAAAAGAAGAAAGAAGAAGAAGACACAUCACAAACUUUCUUUACUAUCGUUAAACAUGAGUAAUAUAUACAUACAAGAACCUUCAACUGAAGGAAAGGUUCUGAUGGUAACAAGUGCUGGGGACUUUGACAUCGAGCUGUGGUCCCGUGAAGCCCCAAAGGCAUGCAGAAACUUUGUCCAGUUGUGCUUGGAAAGCUACUACAAUGGCACCAUCUUCCACCGUGUUAUCCCAGGCUUCAUCGUCCAGGGAGGAGAUCCGACAGGCACAGGAGAAGGCGGGGAAUCCAUUUAUGGAAAGCCCUUUAGGGAUGAAUUCCACUCUCGACUUCGUUUUGUCCGUCGUGGCCUUGUGGCCAUGGCUAAUGCCGGGCCGCAUGAUAACGGCUCACAGUUCUUCUUUACUCUGGGCCAGUGUCCAGAGCUGCAGAACAAGCACACAGUCUUUGGCAAGGUGACAGGGAACACCCUGUACAACUUGCCAAGAUUCGAGGAAGGAAUCAUAGGAAAAGAUGACAGACCAGAAUAUCCACACAAGGUGAUCAAAACUGAAGUGCUGAACAAUCCGUUCCCAGAUAUUGUACCACGUUUAGCAAUAGAGAAUGAAAUACCCAAAGAAGAGAGAAAGAAAAAGAAAAAGGGAACAAAAAACUUCAAGCUGCUCUCCUUUGGCGAUGAAGCAGAAGAGGAGGAGGAGGAGGUCCUAGCAGCAACUAAAAACUUCACCACCAAAGGCAACUCAGCCCACGACAUCGCCAUGGAUCCCACUCUCUCCGCCAGCACGGGAACCAGCAAAGGCAAUGUUAAUAGCGAAAUGCUGGAAAAAAUAAAGAAGAAGUUACGUAAAGAAGAGCCCCAGGAUGUUAUAAAGAAUGAAGUUCUAGAGCCGCAAAAAGUGGAAGAGGAGAGCAUCCCAGAGCCUGAAGACAAGUUCAGAGAGGAAGAAGAAACUAUUAGCGAAGAGAAGGCCAGGAAAAUGGCUGAGAUGCAAGCAGAGAUAAAAAAACUUAAGCAGGAAAUCACAGGAAAAGUUCCUAAAGAAAGAAAAGAAAUUAGUGAGGAGGAAGAGGAGGAAAAAGAGAGUGAUACUCUGAAAGAAUAUAAAAUGGAAAAGGCUAAGUAUGAAGAAGAAAAGAAGAAGCUUCCACGCAAGGGCGCUUCGCGAGAGAAACAGACCUUGGCUCUCUUGGAGAGGUUCUCAGCCAAGGUGCAAAAGGCUUUUAAUGAAGCUGAGAGUGAUGAGGAAACUCCUGUAGCUGAGGAGGGAGACGACAACGAUGACACGUGGUUGCGCCACAAAUUCCACUUCAAUGACAGCAACCCUGUCUUAGCCAAAGAUGCAAGCACCAAGGGCGAUAGCUGGUACGAGAUGGAUGAUCCAAGAAAUCCGAUAAACAAGAGAAGAAGAGAUGAGACCAACAAAGCACAGAAGAAGACCAGAAAAUGAGUAAUCUUCAAUAUUAAGCAGUAUGUUUACUAGGCUGUGAAGGUUCAAGAUGACAAUUUAUCCCUACAGUUACAAAAACUUGUAUGAGCAAAAUACCAGUGUAGAUAUACACUGUGAUUGGAUUAAUGAUAAUUAAUUGCGAUCUUUUUUGCCUUAUGAUUCAACUGUAAGUAUUGUUCAUGUUGCUUCAUUAGGAUAAGGUGUGUAUCAUUACAAGUUGACUAAUAAACAUUAGUGUAAAAA